AUGGCCAAGCUGCUAGCAACGUUCAAAGCCACGCUGACGAGGAUACUGUUUGCCGCCCACGGGUUCAUUGCGAUCUGGCAGGUGACCCAAAACAAAAAGGAACCCAUCUACUGGUGUCUAUGCGCUCCGAUCGGAGUGCUUUUUAUCGAAGGCAUCUUUACGUUGGCGAUCAAGAAGAACCAAGAAUGGCGCUGGUUCUGCCCAUCGGUCUUUCUCUACCUGUCCAGCAUCGUGCCCGCCAUCUGGCUGCUGGAGCUGGACAAGCUGGACAAGCGGACCCGCUACCAGGACCAGAUGCUGAACGAAACCAUCAAUCUUGCGGCCACGGUCGGGAAGGAUCUGAAGGACCUGAACAAGAUGCUGGGCGUGAAAAUUCAGCUGCCGGACAUUCAGCUCACGGCGGAGAUGUGGGUCACACUGAUCGAGCAGUUUCUCAUGCUGGUGCUCAUCAUCGGCCGUUGGAUGCUGCCGAAGGGCGAUCUUACCCGGGACCAGCUCAGCCAGCUGCUGCUGGUGUACAUCGGUACGGCGGCGGACAUUAUCGAGUUUUUUGACUCCUUCAAGGAUGCGAAGAUAGCGAACGAACCGGUGCUGGUGCUGCUGACGCUGAGCAUUUGGUCCUGGUCGUUGCUGCAGUUCACCAUCGUCCUGUCGGCGACGCGCGCCCGUAAGCCCCGGGGUGGCGGGAGUCAACCGCGCGCCGGUCAGGAGGGAGCCGACGAUGCGAGCUGCUGCAAUGUGGCGUGCUGUAACAUCGAUGUGUGGGGAAUUGCGCUCAACAUUCUGCUGCAGGACGCACCAUUCCUUACGUUUCGGUUGCUCAUCAUCGUGCACUACAAAAUCAUCACCUACAUGAACAUCUUCUUUACCUGCAAAAACACGCUCGUGAUACUGCUGCAACUGUACCGACUGUACGUGGUGAACUCGGAAAACAGGAAAGCAGCGGCCAACAAGCGGCGGCUGAAGAUGCGCGGCAAGGCAGAACAAUCGGCCACACGGCAGCAGAAGCAACGGAAAAUUAGCAAAAGGAAAGUUGCGGAUGUUGGCGAUGAUGAAGCAGACCAGCAGGAAGGACGAAAGUCGAAACAUUCGCGGAAAAGUCGGUAAGUGUCGUCCUCGUCCCGCAAGGACACUGGCUACUCGACGGCCAGCAGUCAGACUACGGCCGAGCAGCGGCGUUUGCGGAAGUCGACGGUGAAGCCACCGCCGCGGCCCGGAACCGAGUCGGAUGAGGACGAUCCGUUGCCACCGCCGAUCUGCAGCGAUGGCGGUGCGGAUGACGAUCGCUACCAGUCGGAGGGUGAACGACCGGGGGGGCGUCAUGGGAAAUGCGAAGAACGUCGGUCAAAGGACACGAAGGACAGGAAAUCUUCAACCCGCCACACGGACGCUAAGCAGAGCUCGGGCCGACGAAAGCACCGUACCUCAUUUGACAGCGAUCACAGCGUGGACGGUGGUAAGGAUCAGCGCAAGCGGCGCAACGCCACCGACACGGGCGGCGGUAGCUUCGAGAUAAUCCACGAAAAAACCUCAAGCGGACGUAAGAAGAAAUCGAAACCGCCACCGCAGCACCACCACGACAGGACACCGCCGCCGGAAGGCUCGUCGUCGGGCACGUCGUCCUCGUCCGCCGGCAGCGGUUCCUCUUCCGGGUCGGAAUAA